GGGGUGAGUGGUUGGUUAGCUGUUGGCUGGACAGAACCCUGGGGUUGGUUUGCUGUGUCACCCUGGUGGGGCCCCUGUUGGUGGGUCGUUGGACUUUGAGAUCUGUGCUCCAAGAUUCUGAGGACUCAGCUGAGCUGAGGGGGAAGGUCAGGAAAGGGGGUUUGGGGGGGCUGUAGGGCAGGGGGCCUGGGAGGCUGCUGGCAUCUUCUUCAUGAUCCUUCCCUUCCCUGGCUCCAGGCCAGCUCGGCCAGCCCCCUCCCAGCAGGAGGCCUCCCUGUCCCCCAGGCGUCCCAAGCCAGGGAAUAAACAGCAGAUAAGUCAGGGAGGGGACACAGCGGCCCUGCGAGGCACAGCAGGGCAGCAUGGGCUGACUCGGGGACAGAUAAAACCAGAGGCUAGGAGCGAGCGGCUCCAGAGUAUAAUCCUUCCAGGCCCAGAGUGCUCCGGGGACUCGCCUGGGCCACACAGCGAGCCCGGGCCCCAUGUGGCAGCGCCCCACCUGCUUGUCCCGUCCACCUCUACCUCUUUCCCUUCCUGAGGCGCCACCAGUGAAUGCUGCCCACGCCCGCAGGUCGAGCACCGAGCUGCGCAAGGAGAAGUCCCGGGAUGCGGCCCGCAGCCGGCGCAGCCAAGAGACCGAGGUGCUGUAUCAGUUGGCGCACACGCUGCCCUUCGCGCGCGGUGUCAGCGCCCACCUGGACAAAGCCUCCAUCAUGCGCCUGACCAUCAGCUACCUGCGCAUGCACCGCCUCUGUGCCGCAGGGGACUGGAGCCAGGUGGGAGCCGGGGGUGAACCACUGGAUGCCUGUUACCUGAAGGCCCUGGAGGGCUUCGUCAUGGUGCUUACCGCCGAAGGAGAUAUGGCUUACCUGUCGGAGAAUGUCAGCAAACACCUGGGGCUCAGUCAGCUUGAGCUCAUUGGACACAGUAUCUUUGAUUUCAUCCAUCCCUCUGAUCAAGAGGAGCUUCAGGAUGCCCUGACCCCCCAGCAGAGCCUGUCCAAAAGGAAGCCGGAGGCCGCCACUGAGCGGUGCUUCUCCUUGCGCAUGAAGAGUACCCUCACCAGCCGCGGGCGCACCCUCAACCUCAAGGCGGCCACCUGGAAGGUGCUACACUGCUCUGGACACAUGAGGGCCUACAAGCCCCCCAUACAGACUUCCCCAGCCGGGAGCCCCAACCUAGAGCCCCCUCUGCAAUGCCUGGUGCUCAUCUGUGAAGCCAUCCCCCACCCGGGCAGCCUGGAGCCCCCACUGGGCCGGGGGGCCUUCCUCAGCCGCCACAGUCUGGACAUGAAGUUCACCUACUGCGACGAGAGGAUCGCUGAAAUCGCCGGCUACAGCCCCGAUGACUUAAUUGGCUGUUCCGCCUAUGAAUACAUCCACGCGCUGGACUCGGAUGCAGUGGGCCAGAGCAUCCACACCCUGCUGAGCAAGGGCCAGGCAGUAACGGGGCGGUAUCGCUUCCUGGCUCGGAGUGGUGGCUACCUGUGGACACAGACCCAGGCCACAGUGGUGUCAGGGGGCCGGGGCUCCCAGUCUGAGAGUAUCGUUUGCGUCCACUUCCUGAUCAGCCGGGUGGAAGAGACUGGAAUGGUGCUGUCCCUGGAGCAAACGGAGCGACACUCUCGCAGACCCGUUCAGCGGGGCACCCCCUCUCAGAAGGAUACCCCUAAUCCUGGGGACAGCCUUGACGCCUCUGGUCCCCGGAUCCUGGCCUUCCUGCACCCCCCUACCCUGAGUGAGGCCACCCUGGCUGCUGACCCCCGCCGUUUCUGUAGCCCUGACCUCCGCCGCCUCCUGGCACCUAUCCUAGAUGGGACUUCAGUAGCCACCACCCCCAGCGCACCCCCAGCUGCACGGCACCCCCAAAGUCCACCUCCGGCUGAUCUCCCAGAUGAGCUACUUGUGGAUGUGGAGAAGGCACACAAAGUCUUGGGCACUGGGAAAGACCUUGAGGCAGUGGAGACAGAUCUAGAUAUAGCCCAGGACGUCGAUGCCCUGGAUUUGGAGAUGCUGGCCCCUUACAUCUCCAUGGAUGAUGACUUCCAGCUCAACUCCAGCGAGCACCUACCCAGGGCCUACCACAGACCUCCAGGGGCUGUCCCCCGGCCCCGCGCUCGGAGCUUCCACGGCCUGUCGCCCCCAACCCCUGAGCCCUCCCUGCUGCCCCGCUGGGGGAGUGACCCCCGGCUGAGCUGCUCCAGUCCUUCCCGAGGGGACCCCUCAGCAUCCUCCCACAUGGCUGGGGCUCGGAAAAGGACCCUGGCCCAGAGCUCAGAGGACGAGGACGAGGGGGUGGAGCUGCUGGGAGUGAGACCCCCCAAACGGUCCCCAAGCCCAGAACCCAAAAACUUCGUACUGACUCCCCUCAGCCUGAGUUUCCUUCUGACAGGAGGACCAGCCCCAGGGAGCCAGCAGGAUCCCAGCACCCACCUCCUGGCACUGAAUGAGCCCCUGGGCAUGGGCCCCUCACUGCUCUGUCUCUACCCGGAUGAAGACACCACCCAACCCAAGAGCCACUUCCAGCCAGCGACAGGCUUGGCCCAGGCCAACUGAGCCAAACCCCUUUGCCCAUCUCUCUUCUCCUCCCCAGAAAGGACCUCAACCACACUCCAAGCUGGCAGCCAACGCACAGGAUGGGGGAGCGGGAGGGGUUCCCGCUCUCCUCUCAGUGGCCCCUGCCCGACUCGGGCCUACCUCAGCCCCCACCCCUCUGCCCAUCCCUAUCUGGGGCUCUUUGGGGUGGUCUCAGCUCAGUGACCUCUGGGAGGGUGUCCCUGGCCCCCUCCUCCUCCUUCUCUCAGGACUUCCCUUGGGGUUCUUCAUGCUGGUUACCUCAUCCCUUUUUCCAACUCUCUUGACUUUAUUUUGGGUAAUUAGGGGUGGGGGAGGUUGGGGUUCAGAUCUGUGUUUCUGGGCUCUGAGGAGUAUUGAUAACCAUAAUCGCACUUCUUUCCAUCCAUCUUUCUUUUAUUAUUUUUAUUGCUGUUGUUUUCAUGAUAUGGUUUUAAUCGCUAUGAAUUGCCUGGUGUCCAUAAGAAUGUGGGACUCCGAUCUUCCCCCGCCUCCCCGUCACUCAGGUGUCAAUGGGGAGGGGAGCCUCUGGGACAGACCUCCCCCCACAGCGACUUCUGAUUGAGCCCUUAGCCUCCCAAGCGGCCACCCAGCUCUGCCUACCCCCUCCACUCCGGAAUUCUGCUGCCUCCAGCGUCGCCUGGACUCUGACUUCACUUGUGCAUUUCCUGUUUCAGGUGGAGGCUCUAACUUCCUCCGCUUCCAGACAAUACAACUUCCAACCUUCUCCAGUUCGAGACCACACAACUUCUCUGGCUCUAGACUGUACAACUUUUGACCUUCCUGGUUCUGGACUGCGCACCCUCCAAUGUUCUCUGGUUCUAGACUGCACAACCUGCUACGCGGUCCGGGGUAGACCUCACAUCCUCCAAACCCCUCUGAUUCCAGAUCCCACAAUCUUCAGUUCUUUCUCGUUCUGAAUCUCACAACUUCCGACUCUAUUGUCAUACUUCAUGGUCUCCAAAAUUGUCUGCUUCUAGGCCUCACAAUCUCCAACUUCCUCUAGCUCUAGGGCCUCUGACCACCAGAGUCCUCUGGUUCUAGUUCUGACUUCCUCUGGUUCUAGACCUCUCCCUGUAAAUCUCUCUGGUUCUAGAUGCUACAUUCUCCGAUUCCUGCUGGUUCCAGAUCAUACAGCUGAUGAUUUCCUCUGAUUUGGGGCCCCAUGACCCCAAGCUUCCUGUUGGUUCUAGUCUUCCCAACCUAUAGCACAUUUGGUACUGAAGCCAGACUUCCUUCUUUCUAAAUCUCAUGAUUCCCAGCUCGUUCCUUUUUACUUUCUAGAUGCAAGACUUGCUUUUCCCAUCAAAAAGAAAUUGUAAAAUGAGUUUUCUGUCUGGAUUUUAUAACCAGUCCUUCCAGAACCAGACACCGUGCUCCAGUUCUCUUUUGUUCUAGACCUCGUGACCUCUACCACCCACUGGGUCUAGACUACACAAACUCUAGAGUUUGCAUCUUCCAGGGCCCUGUGAUUCCAGAUCAAAUGAUCUCCCUUUUCUCUGGUUCUAGAACUUGGCCUCAAAUGUCUUCCGAUCCCAGACCUUAUCCUAUAAAUUCCCUUGGUCCUCGACCUCACAGCCUCCAAUUCCCUCUCACUCCAGAUACUAUGACUCCAAAUUACCCAGGGUUUAGAACUCAGCCUUCAAACAUCUUCUGAGUAUAGACCUGGCCUUACAGAUUUCUCUGGUUCUAGACCUUACAACUCCUGACUCAAGGUCUUAUGACUGUAAAAUCCCUCUGGUUCUAAAACUCAGCCAGGCUUUUUCUAAUUCUAGUGCUUACGCUACAGUUUUCUCUGGUGCUAGGCCUCACAGCUGCCACCUGCCUCUGAUUUCAGAUCCAAAUUCUUCUGGUUCUGGAACUCAGCCUCCAAAUGCUUCUGAUCCUGGAAUCUGGACCUCAUUCUGUAGAUUGCUUUGGUUUUGAACCUUACAGUCUCUGGCUCCGAUUCUGGACUCCAACCUUCCAACUCUACUCUGGGCUUCCCACCCCACUCAACUUGCCCCCUUCUUGUCUUAAGUCUUCCCAUUCCAGAUCCCUACCAUCCAGGUUUCUCUGCUCAAGCCUCUCCAUUCUCAGUCUCAUAUCCCUAAAAUUUCUCUGUCCUAGAACCCUUUCCAGUCCCCACCUCAGCCCUCCAGAUAUGCACUUGCCUUUACUUUACCCCAGGUAUCUGGGGGACCUGGGGCUCCCUCACUCCUCUGGGGGGUUCACAAUCCAGGAGACGUCCCCAGCCGCAUAGGCACACGCACAGCCCUACCUGCAUAUCGCAGAGUGGGAAGAGAGGCUAAGCUUCCUCAGUUCUCUGCCACCAUCCAUGUGUCCCCAGCCCCCUUUCUUUCUACGAUGGUGCUACUCUUGGUUACCCACAGGAAAUGGCCUUCCUCUCUCAGCCGAAUGCACCCCCUUUUUGGAAGGCACUUCUUACUGUUUUGUCAGGGGAGUUGCCUGUCCAGAUUGGUGCUAUGGGGGGAGAAGGGUCUCACCCCUCGCUCCCUCAGGGGGUGAUCUGGGACCUCAAUAAAGAGAACUGUGCUGGGCUCGGAGACAGGAAGGGACUGAGUAGCCACCCUGGCUCUGAAACCUACUAAUCUCUAUACCACCAACCAUAAAGACCUCGCCUUGGUAGGCACCAGAACUCUGUAUGUUGACUCAUCUGUGGGGAUGCUUCAGGAGGUGACGGGCAUCCACGUCACUUUGUGAUUCUGUGUGUAUGUGUGUGACUCUGUGUUCCUAUGUGGGUCUAUGUAACGUGUCUGGUGAUGUCAUUCUGUGUAUAUGUGUGUGUGUGUCUUUAUGGCAUAAUUCUGUGAACCUGUGCUGGGGGCGGGGAGGUUUUAAUUCCUUCUACAUCAGUGUUAAUAUCUGGGUGAAAUGCCUCUGCCCUGUGUGUUUCUGGUUACUUCGGGUUUCUGUGUUCCUGAAUGUGGGAGGUAUUAUGAAUUUUUUUUUGGGGGGUUACCUGUGUGUAUCUGUGUGAUUUUAUGAUUUUGCAUACAUGUAUAGGACUGUUUGACACUAUAAUUCUGUGCACUGAUGUCUAAGUGACAUGAUUCCCUGUACUUCAGUGUGUGUGAGUGGGGGAAGACUAGAUGUCCACACAUUCAUGUGCAGACGGCUGCACCUGUUCUGUCAUGUCUCUGUGUAUCACCCUCACAACCCCUCUCCUGGGUUCCAUGAGACAAUCUGUUCAAAGGACAAA